AAAAAGUUAACAAGGAUGCUAUGAUCGCCUCAGCCUCUGCCAUUACUCUCACUCACACUUCGCUACCUUUUAUCUGAGUAAAGAAUUUGACUGAACAUGGCUGAGGCUGCACCAGUUAAUGCCGAAUUGUUGAAAUGGGUAAAGAAAGAUAAGCGUCGGUUCCUUCAUGCUGUAUACCGUGUUGGUGAUCUUGAUCGCACAAUCAAGUUUUAUACUGAAUGUUUUGGAAUGAAGCUUUUGAGGAAAAGAGAUGUUCCAGAGGAAAAGUACUCCAACGCUUUUCUUGGGUUUGGCCCAGAAGAAUCUCAUUUUGUUGUUGAGCUAACAUACAAUUAUGGGGUAACCUCAUAUGAUAUUGGAACUGGUUUUGGGUAUUUUGCGAUUGCAACCGAAGAUAUUUACAAAAUGGUUGAGAACAUCCGUGCUAAGGGUGGCAAUAUCACUAGGGAGCCUGGUCCAGUUAAAGGUGGAUCAACUGUUAUUGCCUAUGUGAAGGAUCCUGAUGGUUAUACUUUUGAGCUCGUCCAAAGAGGUAGCACACCUGAGCCUCUAUGCCAAAUAAUGCUUCGUGUUGGGGAUCUGGAACGGUCAACCAAAUUCUACGAGAAGGCCUUGGGGAUGAAGCUAAUAAAGAAGACCGAUAGACCUGAAUACAAGUACACAAUGGCCAUGCUGGGCUAUGGAGAGGAGCUUGAGUCCACUGUUAUUCAGUUUACUUACAACCAUGGUGUGACUGAUUACACCAAAGGAAAUGCAUAUGCACAGAUUGCUAUCAGUACUGAUGAUGUGUACAAAAGUGGUGAGGUGGUUAACGUGGUCACGCAAGAGCUUGGAGGAAAGAUUACUCGGCAAGCUGGACUAAUUCCUGGAAUUAAUACAAAAAUCGUCUCUUUUCUUGAUCCUGAUGGCUGGAAAACUGUCCUGGUUGACAAUGAAGAUUUUCUGAACGAACUGCACAAGCAGGAGUGAUUGCAUGAAGGGAAAUAUUGUGGCUAUCUUUAGCGGGGAGUUUGCUACUACACGCAUGAAUAAAUUAGAGCUUUGGGUUUACAGCACCCAGUAUGUGACUAUGUGUGUAAUAUGGUUAUGGACCCUAUGGUAAUGGCCUAGUGAUUAGAACUCUGUUCUACUGCUUGAACACCCGAGAGUCUCUCUUUUAUGCAUUAGUAGUAAUUUCUAUCAAUGGAUUAAGUAAGGUAUAAUGCUAACUCGAGUUCCAAAAAUUGAAUUGCUUGGCAAUAA